GGGCCAUGGCGGGCUCGGGGCUGAGCGAGCGGGAGCGGGCGGGCUGCCGGGACCUGCUGGAGCUCCUGCACACCGAGGAGCUGCUGGCGCUCACCGACACCGUCACCAACCGCCUGGUGCACCCGGAGAGCCGCCAAGAGGCCAUCCAGGCCAUUCUGGUGUACAGCCAGAACGUGGAAGAACUUCUGAGGCGCAGGAAAGUCUACAGAGAAAUCAUCUUCAAGUAUUUGGCGGCGCAGGGAGUCGCGGUGCCUCCUUCCUCGGAGAAACACCUCCUCAUCGAGCGCGUGAAGCAGCUCUGGAGCGGGCAGCCCGCGGCACGAGCCUCGGAGCCGGGCCACAGAAAACCUCCUGCACAGAGUCACGGAAACGGACAGAAGUCACCACAGGAUGAUGUCGGUGGUCUUGGAGGAGAAUUCUGCCAGUGGUACUUUGAACUCCUGAACUCUCAACACCCUUUGGGAGUAAAAUCCGAAGAGACGUGGGGACCGCAGCACUUUUGGGAGGAUGCCAAACUGAAGUUCUGUUACAACACUUCGGAAAAAAACGUGGAGCAGUAUGUGGGUGCAGACAUGGUGAGCCUGCGCCUGCUGUCCUUGGUUAAAGAGGAAUGUCUCCUCUUCAACCCCAAUUUGCAUUCCAGUGGCCUGAAAUGUGCCAUGUCCCCUCACGGAUUGGUGCUGGUGGCAGUGGCUGGCACGGUGCACAGGGACAACGCUUGUUUGGGUGUCUUUGAGCAAAUCUUUGGGCUCAUCAGCUGCCCCGUGAGGAAUAACACCUGGAAAAUAAAACUGGUGAACCUCAAAAUAGUAGGACAGAACGCUCUGGAGCCUGGGAUGCAAAUUGAAGAACCUUCCAUAAAAUAUGAACUGAACCAGCUGAGAGAGUUCUACGAUGGGAAUGAGCUGACUGUGUUUGAACCUCAGAAAUUCUGAGCCUUCUGUCACAGCUGGGUGAGGGGCUGGGUUGUUGCUGCCGUGCAGUUUCUCUUCUCUGAAUAAGAACUGCUGAGUGGCAGGCUGAGAUGCAGGGUAUUAACACAGGUGAUGCUUGUGGGCAAUUCCCAAUACUUCGUGGGUAUUCCUUCAGGUUUUGCGCUGUCAUUAGGGUGGAGUUUGGUUAUUCAUGGUAUAUAAAUAUGGAUUGGCAGCAGUGUGUAAUGAGGGCUUCGCAAGCUGCAAACUCUCUUCAGGACACCAGUUGAAACUUAACUGAGCUGUAGCAGGAAGUGAUUGCAUCUUUCGUUUAAAAUUUGGCGGGGGGUGAGCAUCUAAAUGGACAUCUGAGUCCCAAGCAAACCGAUAGAAAACCCAAACCAAAACGCUGUGAAUGGAGGCAGCUGCUGUGGGUGUUCUAAACGUGGUUUAAUGGGACAGUGCAGCCAACUUGGCAUUGCUGAAGUCUUUUUUUUUAGCUUCUUUGCAUUAGUUGCUUCCUGUCCUUUUACCUUAGGGCUCCAACUUUGUCAUGAAUUCACACAAAUUGUUCUGUCUCCGUCCCCAGGCAGACAAGCUGGAGAUGGUUGCCCAUUUCUAGCACUGGCUGCCUCGAAUCAAGAGCUCGAUUUCAAAACUUGCAGCAACACUGUAUGAACCAAAUGCUCUGAUAGUUAUUUUGUAUAUAAUUACAACAGAGUUCUUAAUAUAAUAGUUGGGAUUUUUGUAUGUUUUCUCAAAGUAAGUAUUUUGCUUACUCUGAGGUGCUUUGUUAGAGGUACUGAAAGUCUGUUUGUAACCACUGGGUGGUACAAUGAUAGGUCAUGCUAAGAAAAUUACUACUUAAUAACUGAAAUUAUUGCCAGUUGAAGUAAAACUUGAUUUUUUUUUUUUUUUUUUUUUUUUAACUCUAUUUAUUUAUGGGGCAUUAGAGAUGAAAUGAGGUGAAAAUUUUUCUGCAUCCUGGUUGGAUUGUUUGGGAGUUUUGUUUUAAUUUUCUGGCUUCACUAUUUAAAGUUCUGAAAACAUAAACAUUCCCCAUAACUUAGCAGAACCAAAAGAACUGCUCCCAGGUUUCUCGUGGUAAAGUAUGGCUGGGUGAGAGGAAACAAGAAGGUUCAGAUAUGCACAGAAAGGAUUUUUAUGAACAGUCUGAAUCUUUCUUUCUCCUUAAAGUAAUUUCUUUUCUAAGCAAAAGUUCAGAUACUGUAUUGGGAUGUUCUUUCUCAAUAAACAGCUAAGUUGUGGCUUCUCGUUUUCCUCCUGUUUGGAAUAAAUGUCCUUACUGAGAGUUCCAAAUUCAAUUUUCAAAUCACUGUUACAGGCAGAGUUUUUUAAGAGUAGAAGUACAUUAACUCUGGGGCAAUUUUGGGAAGGCACUUUUAGCUUAACCUUGACUUUAAGGGAAAAGUUAGGACUUGUUUAAAUGGAGCUGGACAAGUUUCAAAAAGCUGAAAUACUUGCAGGAGGGCUUUCAUCCCUCUUUUCAAAUGCUCCUGUUCAGAGCUGAAGUAUUGAAUUGUUGAUUUACCCUUGGAAGCACUGGACAUUUUAGUUGUAUUUAGGAGAUUGAAAAAAUUAAGUAAAAUUUCUUCAAAUCUGU